ACAGCCCUUACAAAAUGAUAUCAUCUGUACUGAUUCUCCCAUGUGUUUCUCUCUCUAUCGCCAUCGCUAUCAAUCUCUUUCUCUAUAUCUAUAUAGUUCUAUUACAAAGACACUAGCUUUAAACCACAUUUUCUGUGAUGAAUAUUGAUGAUGAUUUAACUUUUCCUUUUCUCUCUGUAUUCAAGACUGUGAUUUUGGGCUAGAAUGUCGACUACCCCCAUGGAUAUAGAUGCAAAUUUUUGUGUUGGUAGUGAUGCUCGCCGUCAGCGCCGUCGCCGCAGACGGAGGAGGAGACCAUUUGUGGCAUGCAGUAGCGAGACAACCACAGACGGAAGCAGCUUUCGUUUUUCGGACACUGACUCGGACGACAACCGCACAUGGGAGUCUUCUGCCGCCGCCGAGGCUGUUGAGCGGGGUGAAAAAUGCAGCUUCUCUAAACGCGCCAAGGGCGUUCGCCGUCAAAAAUUCAAUUGUCCGGUGAAUUCAGACUCAGAAGAGAUUGACCUAGAAUCUGGUGAUUUGGAUCUGCAAAUGCAGAACACUUUAGAGGAAAAAAGAGCGAUUCGGGACUGUAGAAUUUGUCAAUUGAGCUCGGAAGAAACUGUAAAUUGCGAUUUGGGCCGAGGAGAUGAAGAAUUUGAUGAAGUUUUGAUUGAAUUGGGUUGUAACUGUAAAGGUGAUUUGGGAGCUGCUCACAAGAACUGUGCUGAAACCUGGUUCAAGAUCAAGGGAGACACGUGAGUUCAAAUUCAUAUGCAUUUAUUUCUUUGUUCAAUAAAUUUACUCUUAUUAAUUAAAUUAUACUAUGAUUUCACUGGUAAAUCUCAUAUGCUGGGAU